AUGGAUGGUUAUGAACUAUUUGAGAAUUCUUCAAGUUUAGAGGAAUUUCAUGGACUAGAAAUUAUUUCCCAAAGUGCUCCUAUACGUGGGAAAGCUUGUAGUAUAUCAGAAGAUGAAACACUUUGUAGAUCAUGGUUGGCCAUAUCCCAAGAUCCGAUUUUCGAUAACACCCAAAGUAAGGCGGCAUCCUGGGAUCAUGUUCUUGG